AUGGCAAAGAGAGAGCAGAGCGGUGUGGUCAAGAAGCACCCGUUCCAGGGGAGAACGAUAGCGAUAGUGAACGACUUGACCUUGGACGAGCAGUGGUAUGUGUACCACAAGACACGGGAGCUCAAAGAAGCCUUCAAGAAUGGCGAGGACCUGGAUCGUUUCCGGCUACAGAACCGUGAGGCGGCAGUCUACACCAUCUUCAUGGAGGACUCGACGCGGACCAAAGAAUCCUUUCGCAAUGCCGCCGAGUUUCACGGCCUCAAGGUGAAUGUCUUUGAUGCAAAGACCUCCUCCUUCCAGAAGAACGAGACCAUCACGGACACCAUUAAGAUGCUGUGCGGCUAUUCCACCGGGCAAAGUUUGUUCGUGAUCCGCUCCAAGGUGGAGGGUGUGUGCCGGUGGCUCGAGGAGGCGAUUUCGAAGUACUGCAAGCAGCGGGGCUUUCCUCGAGCUUCCUUCAUCAAUGCAGGAGACGGCCGGCACGAGCACCCCUCGCAGGAGAUGCUCGAUGAGUUCAGCUUCCUGGAGCAGAAAGGCUGGGAUACCUCCAGUAUCCACUUGGCCUUGCUCGGAGAUCUAUUUCAUGGACGCACUGUACAUUCAAAGGUCGAUGGCCUCAGGAUAUACCGAAAAGUAUUCGUCGAUUUGAUUGCCCCCAGUGAACUGGCGCUUCCAAAGAUGUACGAAGAUCGCAUGAUCGCCAGAGGUUACGUGGUGAGGAAGUUCGCAUCUAUCGACGACUACCUGGCCCAAGAGAAGGUGGCAAAGAUCUGGUAUUUCACCCGAUUGCAGCUAGAGCGCAUGGGUGACAAGGUUUUGGAGAAGUCAAAGGAACUUCGAAAGGCCGUGACCAUGAGACAGGACUUCCUGGACAAGCUUCCGCAGGGCGUGAAGUUUUUCCAUCCCCUGCCGCGGGACGCCAGACACCCGACGCUGCCAUACUGGCUUGACAGCACGGAGCUCAACGGCUGGGACCAGCAAUCGCAGAAUGGCUACUUCACUCGCAUCGUCCUCCUGGGCAUGCUAGGUGGGCACUUUGGAGAUGAUUAUCGUGUGGACCUGAAGGCGGAGGCCAGGCAACCCGGCAGCCCCAUGCUUUUCAGCCCCAGCUUGCGAGGAGACUUCUCGCCGACGAGUCAGCGGAACGCGAUGGAACUCCCAGACGAUUUGGAUUUGGGAUAUUCUCCGGCCCUGAUGGCUGCCACAGAUUUCAUCAAGGAGGUGGCGACCUCGCCGGACAUCACUUCUCCGGAGAGGGUAAGCCAGGAGGUCGGGUUGGUGCCCAUCGCAAAUGGGAUCGUCAUCGAGAACCUGGCUGCCGGGCAAAGCAUCGAGCAGGUCUGGAACCUCAUGUAUAUGGUGCGGGACAUCUUGGACUUGCAUCAUGUGGGGGGUCAAGGUGUGCGCAUGUCUGACGAGACGAGCGGUAGCUGUGUAGGCAGCGGCUUCAUUGCAGUGCCCGACGUUGACAUCAGCAGCUGGGACCGGCAGCCCCUGAAGCGCCUGGCUGCGAUGGCCCCGGGGAGUAUGCUGAAGGUGGUCAAGGAUGGCGCCGUCGAGCGCGAGUUCCGUCUCCAGGUUCCGCCGCGGGUCUACAACUUCAAGGACAUCUCCUGCAAGAACACGGCCUGCGUGUCUCACCCAAAGAACAUGCAGCACGAGGUGGAGCCCUUCUUCGAGCGGUGCCGCUCUGGAAAUGGCCAAGAUGAUGCGAUGGCCUUCAACUGCAAGUAUUGUGAGACGCAGCACAUCUUCUGGGAGAUUUGGAACUACGACGUCUACCGACCGUCUGAGUUUACGCUGUAG